GAUCCCCACAUGGUCACAUCACAUUACACAUUUAGUCAUUCCAACUUGUUCCAUUGAAACCACAAGUCCAUGCUUAAUAAACUACCAAAAAAAAAAAAACUACCAACAAAAAAUACAUAAACGACCUUACUUGAACAUGAUCCGUAUAUUCUCAAGUUCUAUAAAAAACACCAAAAAUAAAGAGACGACCUUACUCGAACAGGAUCAGAUCUGUUCUACAAGAUCAUACCUCAAAUCAUGUCAAACAAAGAUAAAACUUCAACACCAAUCUCCACCGUUGAUCCAUACCAAUACAUCCAAUCCAAACUAAAUCCAGACGGUACACUCACAAGACACCUCAAUGUCCCAUGCACCCCUGCCACACCCGAUCCCACCUCUCCUUCUUCAAUUCUCACCAAAGAUUUUCCAUUAAACUCAACUUACAACACUUACCUUCGAGUUUUCCUCCCCAAAAUCGCAUUAACUGAACCUUCAAAGAAGCUUCCAGUCAUUGUGUAUUACCAUGGGGGUGGUUUCGUCCUUUUACAUGUUGAUUCUUUCUAUAAUCAUGAUAUCUGUGUAGCGAUUGCGUUACACGCGCCGGCGAUUGUUGUGUCGGUUGAUUAUCGGUUGGCGCCGGAAUACCGGCUACCGGCUGCGUACGAGGAUGCGGUGGAUGGUUUGCGGUGGAUCUGUGACUCUGUGGUUACUAAGGAGCGUAGUGUUUCUGAUCCUGCUGAUGAGUGGCUAUCUAAGUAUGGGGAUUUUGAUAACUGCUUUUUGAUGGGAACAAGUUCAGGAGGCAACAUAGCAUAUAAUACAGCCUUAAGAGCAUCAGACAUAAUGGGCCAACUCCACCCAUUAAAAUUCAAAGGCUUAAUUUUGCAUCACCCAUUUUUUGGUGGGCCGGACCGUACCGGGUCCGAAUUGAGGCUAAUUAAUGACCCGUAUUUGCCAUUAUCGGGUAGCGAUUUGUUUUGGGAGCUCUCGUUACCAAAAGGGGCGGGUCGUGACCACGAGUUUUGUAACCCUUUAUCGGGUGAUGGAUUGGGUCGGAUAUGCAGGAUCAAGGAGAUGGGUUUGCGGGUUUUGGUUGCGGAUUGUACCGGUGACCCGCUUGUGGACCGGUUGUUGGAGUUUGUUAAGGUGAUGGAAAUGAAGGGUGUAAAUGUUAAGGGACAUUUUACACAAGGUGAUUAUCAUGGGGCAGAGCUUUUGGAUAAGGAAAAAUGUGAUGAAUUUCUUAUAGUUCUUCAAAGUUUUGUUAAUUCUUGUUUGAUUGCCUAAAAUUCUUGAAUGUUUAUGGAGUUUUUGGCAAUCUAAGACAUACCCUCUCUGUCGCAUUUUACUUGAUUUGUUUUGACCACAAAACUCUCACAGAAACUGGUCAAAUGGAGCAAGUAAAAUGAAAUUCAGAGAGUACUGAAUUAUUGUGUUAUCAUUAUAUCAUAUGAUAUACGGCGUGCUUCAUAUUUUAUUAGGGUUAUUUUUUGAACUAUUGUCAAAAACUAAAUUCAAAUGUAUUUUAUUAGGGUUAUUUUUUGAACUAUUGUCAAAAACUUAAAUUCAAAUAUACCUGUACUUCCUUUCCCAUGGAAAAAAAAAAUAACAUUUACUUCUUCCGUUCUCA